GCGGUUGCUCAUUUGAACUUUAGUACUUGAUUGAUUUGGAAAUCGUCGAAUUUAAAAUUCAAAGACGUGAACGCUCGGUGAAUGCUCAGGUGCUUGGCCGGACUUUGUUGUGGAAGUGGCCCAGAUGAGGUGGAGCAGCAUGUGACUCGCCCUGUUGUGAAGCCAAUCCGUCCACUUGAUCGCAAGGAGCUGGAAGUUCAGGCGCAGUCUUUGGAUGAGUUGGCCAACUAUGGGUUGCAACUAGCACCGCCAGGUGCAGAUGCGCACGUGGCGGUUGUCGGCAGCAACUUUGAGACGAAUUCUUCUAGGCUAUUGGUGGUGGUGCCGGCGCCAGGUGAUGCGGGUGUUUGGGAUCCCACACUUGGAGAGCAUGGGAAAGUUGCGCCAAUGCUGCUCUGGGCAGAGGCCAACAAUUAUGCCACUGCCUUCUUCAGCCACCAGGCCUUGAGCGCAGCUCCGGCAGACACAUGGGACAGAAUUGUCCGUGGAAGCCCAGCCAGGCAUGCUGCUGUGAUCGUUGCCUCCGGCAUGCUUGGCUGCUUGCAAUCAGCUUUGCAGUCUGUGCACCCCCUUCUAUUCUCGCGUUUUCGCACAAUAUGUAUUUUUGGAGCAGAUGCCAUGGAGGACUUUAGUUCUUUGACUCCGGAACUUAGGCGACACAUGGAAGCUUCCACGGUUGUGAUACCUUCAACCUGGCAGCAACUUGACCUUCAGGUUGGGUACCAGUACUUUUUUGAGCUCCUCCGGGACAAGGAGGACAGGUGGCAAUCACUGGAAUUGAAGAAGUACUAUGGCUUCCAGGGUCUAAAGGAAAACGACAUGCCGGGUCUAAAGCGCAUGGGUGUCGACCAACGAGUUCAGCGGUUGGAUCGUGAUCGCAACAACGAUGAGCUGGCACGACUGCUCAAGAAGCAUGAAGAGGCAAAGAGCAAGCCAGAGGAAGGGAGUGACGAGGAGCCAGGUAUUGAUUGAGAUUGGCCGUGGCACUGUGGCGCUUUUGCCUUUACAAUGGACGCAUCGACAUUUCGUGAAAAAAGCGCUUUCGGGG